AUGAAGCUUCUUUUCGAGGUGCUUGGCGUGGGCUCUAGUGCGGGGCUCUUCAACCGAGCUCCAAGCCACCCACCUAGGAGGGUAGACAGACAGACGUUCGGUCCCCCCGUCGUCAUGCUGGAAUUGGGAUUGGACAUACCUACAUCUAUGGCAGCAUUCCCGCCCAGCUUUCUUGCUCUCAACCUCACCCAGUUUAUAGCUGUAUAA